GAGACUGUAAUAUCGGAUGGUAGGGUGACGUCUGAUGAGCUAGAAAGGAUUUGGAAGGAAACAGUCAUGAUCUAAUUGAAAUACUGUCCCGGUAUUUGUCUGGAGAGACUAAAUAAAAUCAUGGAAUAGAUUGGUGAGGAUAGCCAGUGUCCCGCGCGAUAUUCGAAAUACACGUAACCUACAAGGUGAUGAGUUGGCAACACAAAAGUCGUUACCAACAGUUGAAAUCAAUUAUUCAAGAACUAUUUAAAUUUGACUGUUGCUCCAAAUGCCUUUCUAAGGACUUCUCUACUUUCAAACGUUUAGAAGUAUAGUUGACUUAACAAAAUAUUCUAUCUGUAAUUAAUACUAACAAAAAGUAUAUACAAAUAGCCAUGUGUUGGACACGUGCUGCUCUCUAGUCGAAGUUUGCAUGUUGUUGUGUGAGUGACGUUUCUAUACUUUGUAUGAAAUGUCAGUAGCAGAGUUUCUGAAGGGGCUACCAUCCUAUAAUGAGAAUAACUUUGCACGGUUUCAUACAGACAGUGGAAGCCGGACCUGUGUCAAACGUCCAUCUGUAUACCUCCCAACAAAGGAAUACCCAUCAGAACAAAUUAUAGUAACAGAGAAGACUAACAUUCUCCUCAGAUAUCUCCACCAACAGUGGGAUAAAAAGAAUUCCCAAAAGAAGAGAGAUCACAUGAAUCUGGAGACACCCGAGGAGUCAGGCUCAAGGAAAAGGCCGCGUCUGGACAGUACUGCUGCUAGCAGUUCUCCGUAAUCGUUAUAAGUGUACCUUGCGUGUUUCAUAUUGUCUGCUGGCACUUUCCAUCUUCUUGUGCCACCAGCUCUUUGUGUAAAUACUGAAAUAUAGGACCUGGCAACAGUCAUAAUAUUAUUUUUAUGAGUGUUUUUCAAGAUGUUUCAAUUUCCCUUAUUUGAUCAGAUCUGUUUUAAUCUUACAAAAUUAGAUCUUAAAAAAUUUUCAUAUGUGUUGUCACAAGAAACCGCGUUGUAAGAAGCAUCUGCCUCUAGAUGCCAUUUUAUUUGCUCUAACAACUUAUUGUCUUUAUAUUCCAGCAACCAUUGCUACAUCCCAUGUAGCUUGUUUGUCAGUUGUCAGGAAGAAUUAUGCUACUUUGUACAGUCUGAAUUAUUUUAUAUAUAUAUAUAUUUCUGUUAUUUUAAGUUUGCUCAUUGCUAGCAUAUUGUAUGAAUCUGAAGCGAAAAUGGACCUGAGUAAUUAAAAGGUAUAUUCCUGUGACAGGAAUUGAUUAUUUUGUGAAAAUAUUCUGACAUAGAAUCAAAGAAAAUCAAACUACAAUGAUCUGUUUCCUUGUUGUGAUUCCCGUAGGGCACAAUGGAAGUUUUCUGUCGAAGUAUUGCCUAGACAUUGGCUCUCUUUAGCUUUGUUUGUAAGCCAAUGUAUAGACAUUAUGAUCCCACCCCCAUGAUUAGAAACAUUUUGAAUGUAUCCGUAACCAAUCACCAGUCAGUUUCCUGGAAGUUGUAACAUUGAAAUUUAAGAUGUGCUGAUACUGAAUGAAGCAAGGUGCUCCAUUCUUUAUGAAAAUGAAUGACGUGUAAUAAAACGAAAUAGUAGUUUUAUUUUA